AUGAUUCCACUUUUUAAAAUUGGGAUUGUUUUAAUAAGACAGGUAAGUAAACCUAUAUCAGGUUAUAUAAAAAAGAAAGCUAUAGAUAAUAAAAAUUUUAAGAGUAUAUGUAUAUAUUGUGGUAAAAAAUAUUAUUUCUUUGAACAAUAUAUACAAAAAAAAUUUUACAAUUCGAAUACGACCAAUAUUAAUUAUAGUUCUUAUAUUAGUGAGAACAAAUCAGUAAAUGUAGGUAGUGAAAUUUUAGGUGAAACUAUUAUAUUUUUAAUUGCAGCUUUAAUAAUUAUAGCAGAAUAUAAAAGAAAUAGUUUAAAAGAAGCAAAAAAAGAAUUUAUACUAAAUCAUAAAUUAGAAACUUUAAAAUUACAAGUUUUGGAAUUACAAAAAGAAAAUGAUGAAAUUAUGCAAAUUGUUAUGCCCACAAAACAAAAUAUUCGUAAUAAUAGAAGUUAUGAUAUAGAAAAUAAAAACUUCUUUAAAGAUAUAUAUAACAAAUAUGUUAGCAAACAAAAUACUAUAUCUCAAAAUAAUAAAGAACAAAAUGGUAACAAUAGUAUAAAACAAAAUUGA